CAGAGCACGUAAGACAGAGUCCACUUCCCUCUUGUGCUGCCUGCACGCCUCCUGCUGCCUCUUCAUCCUGCGACUUUCUAACAGUUGCGUGUCACUUUUCACUUCUUGUUUCAGGACUGUCGGUUGGUAAAGAACCCCAACAUGGCCUCCACACCAGAGUUGAACAUCGGCCAGAAGCUGAAUGAGGGAAAGACAAAGCAGAUUUUCGAGAUCGUGGACCAGCCCGGACUGGUUCUGGUCCAGUCUAAAGACCAGAUCACAGCUGGGAAUGCGGUGAGGAAAGACCAGAUGGAGGGAAAGGCUGCCAUCGCCAACAAAACGACGAGCUGCAUAUUCAAGCUGCUUCAGGAAUCUGGCAUUAAGACUGCCUUUGUGAAGCAGCACUCGGACACAGCGUUCAUCGCAGCCCACUGCGAGAUGAUUCCCAUCGAGUGGGUUUGUCGCAGAGUCGCAACUGGAUCAUUCCUCAAGAGGAAUCCAGGAGUCAAAGAAGGCUACCGCUUCUCCCCUCUGAAGAUGGAGAUGUUCUUCAAAGAUGAUGCCAACAACGACCCCCAGUGGUCAGAGGAGCAGCUACUGGCGGCCAAAUUCACUCUGGCCGGACUCACCAUCGGUCAGUGCGAGGUGGACAUCAUGAAUCGCAGCACUGUGGCCAUCUUUGAGAUUCUGGAGAAAGCCUGGGCCACUCAGAACUGCACGCUGGUGGAUAUGAAGAUCGAUUUUGGUGUGAACGUAAAGACUCAAGAGAUCGUCCUCGCCGAUGUGAUCGACAACGACUCAUGGAGGCUGUGGCCGGCUGGAGAUCGAAGCCAGCAGAAAGAUAAGCAGGUGUACCGAGACUUGAAAGAAGUUACUCCUGAGGCGAUGCAGAUGGUGAAGAGGAACUUUGAGUGGGUCUCUGAAAGGGUCAAGCUGCUUCUGGAGCCCCAGGGCAGUGGCAGGGUGGUGGUUUUGAUGGGCUCCACCUCAGACAUGGCCCACUGUGAGAAAAUCAAGAAGGCCUGCACCUCCUACGGGAUCCCCUGCAUCCUGAGAGUCACCUCUGCACACAAAGGUCCAGAUGAGACACUCCGCAUCAAAGCAGAAUAUGAAGGUGACGGCGUACCCACUGUGUUUGUGGCCGUAGCUGGCAGAAGCAACGGCCUUGGUCCUGUGAUGUCUGGGAACACGGCGUAUCCCGUCAUCAACUGCCCACCUCUCACUCCUGACUGGGGUGCACAAGAUGUCUGGUCAUCCCUGCGUAUGCCGAGCGGCCUUGGCUGCUCCACCAUCCUCUCCCCUGAGGCUGCUGCUCAGUUUGCCGCGCAGAUCUUCGGGCUGACCGACCACCUGGUGUGGUGCAAACUGAGGGCCUCCAUGCUCAACACCUGGGCGUCUCUCAAACUGGCUGACAAGAAGUUACAGGCCUGCAGCCUCUGAAGUGGCUCAAGACCCCUUUGAGCCUAAUGUUCUCUUUCAGGGCUCCGCUGUCUGUCAGUGUUUUUGUUUACCAUGAAACCCAUGAACUGUACGUUACAUCUUCGUGUACUUUCCUUACGCACAUAAAUCAUUCCAUUAAAGAAGAUCACUCAAAGCUUCUUAA